UUCCUCAGGCUUUGCCCUUACGCCAUCAGCCAUACCUCAGACUCUAUUUCUCGUGUGCUUUCCUCACUUUAUUAACUCACAUGACUUGUUCUUGCAUGUGAGUCGUGAUCAGCCCUCUCCGAUCCUCCUCCUACUCUUCACCUCUCCACCCAGCUCUCGAUCGCCAUUACUCUCCUCCUACCAUCUUCUUAAUUCCUCUAAAAAACCAUGAUGCCCCCUGAGCAAGAAACUAGCAAUAUCACCAUCCAUAAUAGUCCGGCCAGCAUCAUCCUCACAAACAGGACCGAGAACAAUGUUUCUGUCCAUGCUGAACCAUCCGCUUCAUCCAUCAACGUUGUCCCAUGUUUUCAAGAGCCAAUCCCUGCCCAUCAACAACAAGAACAACAAACUCCACUUCGGAUUUCAGUUCUACGCGAAUCCUUACGUCCUGUAACUCUUAAGUUUGAAGAAGUAGCCUACAGCAUCUAUUCGAAUACCACGGCUAGAAGGUGUUUAUCCUCGCAAGAGCCGAAACCCAGAAUAAGUGUACUCAACGGUGUUAGCGGUGUUGUUCGACCUGGUGAGCUACUGGCAAUGCUUGGCCCGUCCGGUAGCGGUAAAACCACCCUCCUGACAGCCCUUGGAGGUCGUUUAACUGGAAAGCUAUCCGGCACCAUAACAUACAAUGGGCGGCCAUUUUCUAGCUCCAUGAAGCGCAAGACAGGCUUUGUCUCUCAAGAUGACGUGUUGUAUCCCCACCUCACAGUGUUAGAAACGCUGACUUAUGCUGCUUUGUUGAAAUUGCCAAAAGAGCUCACCAGGGAAGAGAAAAUUGAGCAGGCUGAAUUGAUCAUAGUGGAACUUGGCUUAGUAAGAUGCAGGAACAAUAUAGUGGGUGGGCCUCUUCUUCGGGGGGUGUCGGGUGGGGAACGUAAACGUGUCAGUAUUGGCCUGGAGAUGUUAGUGAACCCGAGUCUGUUGUUGCUGGAUGAGCCCACUUCAGGACUCGACUCCACCACAGCGCAGCGAAUUGUAGCUACCUUACGCCGCUUAGCACGCGGUGGCCGGACCGUGAUCACCACCAUUCACCAGCCCUCAAGUAGGUUGUACAGGAUGUUUGAUAAGGUGUUGGUGCUAUACGAAGGGUGUCCCAUUUACUGCGGGCGUGCCGAUCAGGCCAUGGAGUAUUUCAGUUCCAUUGGUUUCACACCCGGUUUCAAUUUCUUGAACCCUGCUGAUUUUCUGCUUGAUCUAGCUAAUGGUAUAGCCCCCGACGUAAAACCGGAUGAGCAGCUAGAGUUCCAUGGCAGAGUAGACCACCAUGAUGAUCAAAAUUCCACUAAACACUACCUAAUAUUGUCUUACAAGAAGAAUAUAUUCCCUGUAUUGAAGGUUGAUAUUGACAGAAACUUGCAUGAUUCGUCUUUGUCAACAGUAAUAUCAUCAAAAUCAAGGUGUGAGGUCCGAUGGAACACCACCUGGUGGGAACAAUUUAAGGUCUUACUGAGAAGGGGUUUACAGGAGAGGAAGCAUGAAUCCUACUCAGGCCUAAGAAUAUUUCAGGUCAUGUCAGUUUCGAUUCUUUCAGGCCUUCUGUGGUGGCAUUCUGAUGUUUCACACAUACAAGACCAGGUGGGACUGCUGUUUUUCUUCUCAAUAUUCUGGGGUUUUUUCCCUCUGUUCAAUGCCAUAUUCGCAUUCCCUCAAGAGCGGCCAAUGCUAAUCAAAGAGCGAGCCUCGGGGAUGUACCGUCUAUCCUCAUAUUACUUUGCCCGAACAGCCGGUGACUUGCCAAUGGAGCUUGUUCUUCCAACAAUAUUUGUUACCGUCACAUAUUGGAUGGGCGGCCUCAAGCCAUCACUAGUCACAUUUGUACUAACCCUCUUAAUCGUACUGUUCAACGUGCUGGUCUCUCAAGGGCUAGGACUGGCACUGGGAGCCAUUCUGAUGGAUGUAAAACAGGGUACAACCUUAGCUUCUGUGACAAUGCUUGUGUUUUUAUUAGCCGGUGGAUACUACAUUCAGCACAUUCCUCUUUUCAUAGCUUGGUUGAAGUACAUUUCUUUUAGUCACUUCUGCUAUAAGCUGCUGGUGGGGGUGCAGUACUCAGUAAAUGAGGUGUACGAGUGUGACAUUGGGAUGCAUUGCAAGAUAAUGGAUUUUCCUGCAAUCAAGUAUCUUGGUCUUGACAAUAAGUUGUGGGAUGUCGCUGCUUUGACAAUAAUGUUAGUGGGAUAUAGGCUCCUGGCUUAUGUGGCUCUAAGAAUUGGGCAGCCUCACUGACCAUGUCUAUCUGUCAAUGACUCCUCCAGCAAUUUACUUGUUGAAAGUCGAGAAAUUGAUGAAGAUGGUCUGCAAUUUGAUUGCAUAAUCAUGAAUUCUGACAGAAUCUGUGAUCAUUCAAGACAUCUCUUGUCACAUUAUUUUAAGAUUCAGGUCAUCCUAAUGAAUUAAAGAUUAGCAAUUUUGUUGUCUAUUUA